CUUUCUUCCUUUCUUCUUAACUUCCCUCUUACACGUCCCCUGCGAUUAGCCAGCCUGAAGAGCGCGACUCCCGCUUCCAGUCCAAAUAGACGAUGAGGAUAGGCAGCAGUCGCCUGUCGUGGCUAGCAGGCGGGCUGGCGCUGCGCUUCGCCCUGCUGGGGUGGGGCAUGUACCAGGAUGCCCACUCGGCGGUCCCCUACACCGACAUCGACUAUGCCGUCUUCACCUCUGCCGCCCAGCACGUCGCCCACAGCUGCCCGCUCGACGUCAUCAUUGCCGUGCCGCCGCAGGAAGAGUACGAGGACCUGGUCAACCCUCCGGAGGCGCCAGGGCUAUGCGCGCAGGGAUACCUGUCUGCUGCCGCUCGCUUCCUCCUCCAGAUGGAGAGGGAGCUCGUCGAUCCGGAGCUGUCUGCGUUUGGCAAGGAUCUCGACACGGCCGACGCCAAGAUCUCUCUCUUUGUCUUUUCACUCUUUCGGCCCUUUUUCCGGGUUCUGGCAGGCCUGGGCAACCCCUUUGCGCGGCCGACAUACCGCUACACGCCCCUCCUCGCCCUCGUCCUCGCUCCUGGCCAGUACCUUGCUGAGCCCUGGCGGGGCCUCUUUGGCAAGGUCCUCUUUGCACUGGCUGAUGUUGUCAUUGCACUACUCAUGUGGGACAUCAUGGACCUCCGGAAGCGUCAGCGUGCCGGUGCAAAGAGCUCGAGCGACGAAGACAACGACGACGACGACAACGACGCGGCCUCAUGGCUGCCGGGUGCCCUCUGGCUUCUCAACCCCUUCCCCGCCCAGAUUGCUACGCGAGGGUCGAGCGAGUCGCUGCUCGGCGUCCUCGUGUUCGGCUUCCUCGAUGUCACCCUCCGCUCCAGCCCCGAGGCUAGCCUGGCGCUUCCCAGCGUAGCGCCAAAGGCAGCCGCCAAUGGCACGGAUGAGGACACGGUUGCACCAACGCCCGAGGAGCCCACAGAGGCGAUCGCACCUCUCAGUCUCUGGUCCAACUCGGCCAUCUUUGCUCCCUUUCUCUUUGCCCUCACCAUUCACUGGAAGCUCUACCCCGUCAUCUACGCCGCCAGCCUCGUCCCCCACCUUGCCAGCUCGGCAAGGACGCGUGGGUCAGGCCUCUCUUCAUCGUGGAGCAGCGUCGGCGCCGUGGCUCGCUAUGGCUUUGUCGCCAUCUACUCACUCAUCGGCUUCUGCGGGCCCGUCUAUCUCAUCUGGGGAGAUGCCUACCUUCAUGAGACGAUCCUGCAUCACUUUCACCGCUCCGACCACCGCCACAACUUCUCGCCCCACUUCUUGGGCGCAUACCUCUCCAAUGUCGCCUCCAUCGAAGGCUUCCUGCCUUCCUCCCUCACUGCUGCCGCUUCGCCGCUCGCUCCAAUUCUUGGCUUCCUCCCGCAGCUCGGCCUCUGCGCAUUCAUUGGGUUCUCACUCGGAGGAAAGGACCUCAUUGCCGCCUGCGCGGCGCAGACGGCCGCCUUUGUCAUGCUCAACAAGGUCUCGACGUCGCAGUACUUUACCUGGUUCCUCUGGUUCCUGCCCAUCGUUGCGCCGUCGCUCGAGUUUGCCUCGUCGGCUGAGGCAGUCCUCGUCGGAUCUGUCUGGGUCGCCUCGCAGGCGGCAUGGCUCUCCCAAGCAUACCUGCUCGAGUUCAAGGCAAUCGACACAUACCUCUCCACCUACCUUACUUCUCUGCUCCUCGUCGUCGCUCAUGCGUGGGUCCUCGUCCGGUGCUUCACCGCCUGGGGCCGAUCGAGGCAGACCCAGCUGCGCGCCUCGAUGGCCGCUACUGCUGCUUCUUCUUCGGGCAAGAAGGCCUCGUAAUCUCUCUCUGUACCUCUCUCUUCAUUCAUUCACACAUCAUCGCCCUCUCUCUCUCUCUCUUUCUUCCACACAAUGCAAGCAACGGAUCCGUGCGGUGAAUGUGACAAUAAUCGUAC